GAGGGGAGAAUGCACGCUCCUUUCACAGAGAGAGGUGGUAGGAAGGAAGGCAGGAAGGAGGAAAUGAGAGACAGGCGCGAGCAGAAGAGCACAAUGAAGGACAAUCUUUUCCCAACCGUCCAACUCUGCCAUUCCCACAUGCGCUGACAGAGAAGGAGAGAGGGAUAGAGCGAGAGAGGGAGGGAGAGAAGGGGGAUGAGAAGUGAAGUGGAGGAGCAAUAGCAUUACAAAAGGAAGGAGGGAAGGAGAGAUGAAGAGCACGCUCGCCGGCUGAGACUUUGUGAAUCAACCGAGUCUAAGGAGCAGAUCAGCGGAGGCGCACGCUUCCCUGGAGUGGAGGUACGAGGAGGAAGUGGAGCCAAGAGGAGUGAUCGGCUGGAGCAGAAGAACCAUUGACAUUACUCCUCUCCUGGAGCGUUGGCUUCUAGCCUGGAUGGAUUAUCAACACGGUGCUCUUAUGAAGGAAGCCUAACUAUUUACACUUGUGUUUGGGUUGAAACAACAGAACAUGAGGAUUGGACAAAAGAAAGUGCAGUGCAGAAGAAUUGUUGCGUUGUUGAUCAAAUGUGGCUGAUUUUUACUUUUGACUUUGUGGAGAUAAACCUUGCUUAAGUUAUUAUCAACGAUCCAACCAUAGUUUUUAAUAUUCAAUAUUCAGGUUGUUUUUAUGCAAGUUUUUAAACCUCUUUUGAUGUUCAGUGACUAGUGUUGUUUUCUAUUGUCUUCUGUUAGCUACAGUAACGUACCGUUGAAGCAACACAACAACUCGAGUGUGGUAUGUCCCAGUCGGGGUGAGUGCAUGGAGCCAGUGCUGUCAUCAUUGAUCGGGACUGUAGGGCUGGCUGGCGCAACGCAGACCCAACUUUGAUCAUUUCCUGAAGCCUAUUGAUCGCUUUGCGUGUGUGUCUGUGUGUGUAGCGUCUGUAGCUGGGUCUCUGCUGGAUGGAGUAGCUCUCAUAUGGAGACGUGUGGCCGCCCUGCAUGCCUGUUUGAUUAUCAGAUGUCUAGCCUCUUCUCUUUUCUUUUUUUUUAUCAGGUGAAUUCUGCUGUUGUUAGGUGAACAUUUAUUUACGCAGGCCUUUCUUUUGAUGUCUGUUGCCACGGCAACUGUAGUCGCAAGCAGACGGAACAAGAUGUAAAGUUUCUUGUUUUUCAUUGUCUCUAUUCUGCCUCCUUCUUAUAAAAAUCGAAUAGAAAGGAGCUGGUGCUUGUUCAUAACGGGGUACGUGUCUGUGUGGCGCGCGAGCGGACAGUGGACUGUCGUGCCCUGGCUGGAACUGCUUUGGUAUUCACAAGGCUGUGUGUGGAGGCUGUCUGGUUUCCGACGGCGAGUCAGGGUUGUUUAAGGACUCCCCUCCCUCCCUGCACAGUGUCGUAGUCGCACGGCAGAGUCAAACCGGGCUUUUGUCACUGCUGCCUAAAUCAUUGGCUCACAUCACCCCUUUCUCAAAAGAAAAUAAUGAACACAUAUCGAUUCAUUAAUUCAUAUAUUUUUUUAGGCAGAUUUGAUUGCAUGAAGCUGAUUUAGAUUAUCAGUUUUACUUGGAUGGUGCCAAUACUCUAUACUGCUGCUUCUAAUGUCUUUAUGUUUGUAAAGCUCCUCUAGUUGUUUUCUAUUGGUGUAGUAAACUCAGGAUGUCCCUUUUAGGUUUAGGAGUCCACUUUUUCUCCUCUCAUCUGACCUGACCAGUUCUCCCUCUUCGUUGCGCUACAUUUGUCCUUGGCCACUGCAAAGGUCGUUUCAAGUUCGGGAGUCUCAAGGUCAAACCACACCCGUCCCCCCCUCCUCUCUUUGAGCUUAGUGUUCCUCUGCUCUGUUUUUUAUAACUUCUACAGCCAUACUCUGUACGGUCUGGGUGCUCCCUCCUGGGGUGCUACAUGGCGGGCCAGACGGAUGUCUAGCUAGUGUCUGCCCACGUUCCUCCACGGGGCUAGACGGGUGUAGGCGAGCAUCAUCUGUCCCCUGGCGAUGCGGGGCACCCACAACAAGCUGUUGCUCUCGGUCACACUAGCAUCUUGAUGUGCUAGAUUCAAGGACUUGGUUUGCUGUGAGCGUCAAACAUUCAUGGGGGUUGACCAGCGUCAUUAAAGGGGGCAGGUUUUAUAACGGUUGCAUUACAUACCUUUUCUGCUCAGAGGGUCUUGCUGUGUGGCCCGGAGACUCGUGUCAAGAGACUGUUGUUUGCCUUUUAGCUGGAGCUAUGCAUUAUGUGCUGGUCAGUAUGUGCACUAGACUGUAGAAGAUCUAAGAGAUUACUCUGUGCUCAGCAGAUCUGAAAGCCAAGAUAAGAAAGGAAGUAUGGGCGGGCGGGGUUGUAGUGGUGGUGCUUGGUGAUAUCUCACUGGGCUUGGUGGUAUCACAUUGGGCUUGGUGGUACCUCAUUGGGCUUGGUGGUAUCUCAUUAGGCUUGGUGGUAUCUCAUUGGGCUUGGUGGUAUAUCAUUAGACUUGGUGGUAUCACAUUGGGCCUGGUGGUACCUCAUUAGGCUUGGUGGUAUCUCAUUGGGCUUGGUUGUAUCUCAUUGGGCUUGGUUGUAUCUCAUUGGGCUUGGUGGUAUCUCAUUGGGCUUGGUGGUAUCUCAUUGGGCUUGGUGGUAUCUCAUUGGGCUUGGUGGUAUCUCACUGGGCUUGGUGGUAUCUCAUUGGGCUUGGUGGUAUCUCAUUGGGCUUGGUGGUAUCUCAUUGGGCUUGGUGGUAUCUCAUUAGACUUGGUGGUAUCACAUUGGGCUUGGUGGUAUCUCAUUGGGCUUGGUGGUAUCUCAUUGGGCUUGGUGGUAUCUCAUUAGACUUGGUGGUAUCUCAUUGGGCUUGGUGGUAUCUCAUUAGGCUUGGUGGUAUCUCAUUAGGCCUGGUGGUACCUCAUUAGGUAUUUUAUUGGGCGUGGGGAUAUCUCGUUGGGCUUUGUGAUAUAGUAUUUGGGCUUGAUGGUAUCAUAUUGGGCUUGGUGAUAUCUCAUUGGGAUUGGUGAUAUCUUAUUGGGCAUGGUGAUAUGUCAUUGGGCUUGGGGGUAUCUCAUUGGGCUUGUUGGUAUCUCAUUGGGGUUCGGGGUAUCUUAUUGGGCUUGUUGGUUUCUCAUUAGGCUUGCUGGUAUCUCAUUGUGCUUGGUCCUAUAUUUUUGGGCAAUGGCAAUGCACUUUUCUCAGGUAUUAUUGCAACCCUUUUUCUUUUUACUUUGAACAAGACUGUUUCCAUGGCAGCAGCAAGACAAAGCAUAAGCAGGCUUGGCAGGGGAUUGUUCAUCAUUAAUUAUUAGAGUUGGGGGCGUCGGCUUCACACUGAGCUUAGAUGAUCCUUCAGCAGCAUUCAGGGAAUCUUGGGUCAGAUGUUAAGAAACUGACCAAUCAGGGCUCAUUGCCAUCAUAUCAAAGCCCGGCGGUGGUCCCCGUCAUCGCCAGCCAAUGACCUAUAUUCUCUGGUGUUACAUCACCACCGUGCUACCGCAGUACGGCGCGGCGCUGUACCAGACCUAGGCAACAUCUCAGACUCGCUAAUGCAACUUCAACCGAACUCUCAAUGGUGCUCUUAACACACUUACACCAAGGUGGCCAGUUUAUGUUUUACAGAACUUCAAACCAGGUGCAGCCUCCCUCCUGUUAGCCAUAUCAGGAAUCUCAGUGAGGUGACAGGCUCCUAGUCUUAAUCCAAACCCAGUGCUUUUUCCGUUGAUUUCUACUGGUGUCUGGAAACAAAGAAAAAAACAAUAGUUGGGCCCAAUCCAUACCUGGCGUUGUGGAGCCGGAGGGGUGAGUACAGUAGACGCGCCCAGUAGAGAGAGAGGGUCAGCGCAGGGGGGCAGCCUGGAGAACGGGCAGGCCAACGUGGGAGGGGGCGCCGGGGAGCGGGAGAUCAUCUGGAAGAGGAGGGAGGAGGUGGUGGUCAGGGAGAGGGCGGAGGCGCUGGAGAGACAGCAGCUGGCCGACUACAUCGUGUGGAGGAAGAGAGACGGCUUCCAGGAGAGGAGCAGAGCAGGCGCAGGAGGAGAAGGAGCUGGAGACAGGGAGAGAGGUGCGAGGGACGCGGAGAAAGUAGGGAAGGAGGCGGUGCCGGAAAUCAUCUGGAGAAAGCGGGAGGAGGAAGGCCAGGCAGAGAGGAAGGGAGCCCAAGCCAGUCAGAGAGCACACGAAACCGUGUGGAGGAAGAGGGAGAGAGAGUGAGAGAGAAAAAAUAGGAGUUGGAUGAAAAAACUGUUUUUAAAGGAAGUGAACUAGACUAGGCAUACGUGAAUAGGUCUCCUCCUCCUACGUCAGUCUAUUUUUACUCCCGGCCUGCAGGUGCACAGUGAAAUAUUAACCAGGGCGGGGGCAUGUGAGCGAGUGUGUUGUAAAUGUGUGUGUCUGUAUGUGAGUGUACGUGUGUCCCCACCUGAUAUGCUCUUAGGCAGCUAAUUGGAUUUUAUGGGCCCAUGUCAGGCCGCAAAGUACUGCCACAGGGAGCUGCUGCACACAUACUGUACAUGUGUCCACAUAUAAUACAAACACUGACAAGCACACAUUGAAACUGACUGGCAAGGGGGGAAAUAGGAUUACUCCUGCAUGUACAUAUGCACACAAUAUCUCUUAAUACAGCAAAACACACGCUGUGUAUCCGAUGCCCUACCGUGAGGCGUCACUCAUGCUGAUUCUCCAUGGUGCUUGCUACGGCUGGAUCUCUCACAGGGAGCUGUCUGGCUCGGGCCUGAGACACCCACAGGUUUACUUUUUACAUUAUAGCAAAAAACAAUGAUAAGCGCUGAACUUCCCGUACCCUUUCCCCGGAGAACACAGACCCUGAUGCAGUUUGAAGACCUAAAGACAACAUGAUCUGCGCUAGUCCCGCCAACGCUCACUUUCUUCAUCAGACUUCAGGAGCGCACUGGAAAACACUGCAGCAACCCUGGACCUCACUAGGCUCUUCUGUAUCCGCAGAUAAAGGUUUUGUUUUUGAAAGGCUUUUGUGUUGGCCGCAGUGGGAGCUGAGACACGACGACAGAUGGACACAGCUCAUACACUGAGCAAGAUAACCAGAUGGCUGGGUGUGAAGGAGUGCUUUAAACACCACCAGACAUAAACAAAAAAAAAACUGCAAUUCUAGCGCCUGUGAAGAUUCACAGAAAAUCGUGCAAUGGAGCUCGUCCCAAAAACCAAGUACACCUUUUUUCGGAGUGAAUCUCUGAGCUCCACUGAUGAGACAAACUCCAAUCCCUCCUCUCUCCCACCCUCCACUCCGCCCACCCCCUUUACCCCUUCACCGGGCCUGCCCUCGUCCUUCUCCUCCUCCUCUCUCACCCCCAUCCUGCCUCCGUCGUCCCCCCGCCCGGCCGAGAACAGCCCCACCACGCUGUGCUCCUUCUUCCCCAGGAUGGGCUCCCUCCGCCUGGGGGUCUCUGCCACCCUGCUCCCUGGCCGCUGGGCGUCCAGCAGGCCCCAGUCGGCGUCCGGCCGGCAGCCGGCCGCGGAGUUGUCCGGGGACGAGCGGGGCAGCACGGGCUCCUCCCCGCCGCCCGCUCUCCGGCUGUGUCACCCCCUCCUAAUGGCCCCCUCUCCUCCACCUCGCCCCCCCCUGCAGGACAUGAACCGGCUCGGCGGGGCGUCCAGGCGGGCGCGGGUGGAAGGCGGGCAGCUGGGCGGAGACGAGUGGACCCGCCACGGCUCGUUCGUCAACAAGCCCACCCGGGGCUGGCUGCACUCGGACAGCGUGGUCAGCACGGCGGGGGUCUCCUACAGCGUCAGGUACAUGGGCUGCGUGGAGGUCCUGCAGUCCAUGAGAGCCCUAGACUUCAACACCAGAACUCAGGUCACCAGAGAGGCCAUCUCGGUGGUUUGUGAGGCGGUACCCGGAGCUAAAGGAGCCCAGCGCAGGAGAAAGCCAUCUUCCCGCUGUCUGACGUCCAUCCUGGGGAAGAGCAAUCUGCAGUUUGCCGGCAUGACAAUCAGCCUGACGGUGUCCACCAGCAGCCUGAACCUGCUGGCGGCCGACUGCAAACAGAUAAUCGCCAAUCAUCAUAUGCAGUCCAUCUCGUUCGCCUCUGGAGGAGACCCAGAUACGGCAGAGUAUGUAGCGUACGUGGCCAAAGACCCCGUCAACCAGAGAGCGUGUCACAUCCUGGAGUGCUCCGAGGGCCUUGCACAGGAAGUGAUCAGCACCAUUGGCCAGGCGUUUGAGCUGCGCUUCAAACAGUACCUAAAGAACCCCCCCAAGCUGGUCACACCCCACGACAGAAUGGCUCCGUUCGAUGGCUCUGCGUGGGAGGAGGAGGAGGACGAGGCCGCUGCCCCCCCCGAGGUCCCGUACUACAACAACUUCCCCGGGAAGCAGCCUCCGCCUGGGGGGCUGGUCGACAUGAGGGCCCGGCCCGGGGCCACGCUGCCCUAUGUCCAGCAGGGGCAGAACGACAUCCACAAACAGCCCCUUCCUCCUCUGCCAGUAGGGGCCAAAGAAGGUGGGCGGGAGCUCUUUGAAGACCCAUCGUACGUCAAUGUGGAUAAACCCCGCCCUCUAGCAUCUGCGGCCAAUGGAAACGCUCAUAGAGAUGCAUUUGACAUGAAGCCCUUCGACGAUGCCCUCGGGGUCUCUGGGGGUCUUGGCCCGGUGUCGGCGGCGCCCCCACUGGUGGAGCAGCUGCAGUGCGAGACCUGGUUCCACGGCAGCCUGAGCCGCAGGCCGGCGGAGAGGCUACUGACGCGGGACGGGGACUUCCUGGUCCGGGAGUCCGGGACCACGCCCGGGCAGUACGUCCUGACGGGGCAGCAGGGAGGGCAGCCCAAGCACCUGCUGCUGGUGGACCCUGAGGGGGUGGUGCGUACAAAGGACCACCGAUUUGAGAGUGUGAGUCACCUCAUCAGCUACCACAUGGACAACAGGCUGCCCAUCGUGUCCGCGGGCAGCGAGGUGUGUCUGCAGCAGCCGGUGGAGCGCAGGACCUGAUCGCACACACACACACACACGCACACAUAUAUACAUACACACAGAACCAUACACACACCUGGAUGUGGAGAUAUGUACAACCCUGCAUUUACAAACCGAACCCUACCGCACAUAAACACUCCCAAAAUGAUACACUCCUGAGGAAACUCCCUAGGCAAACGUAUAACAAAAGUGUGGUCGGUCCAUAUACAAAAGCAACACUACACAACCACACGUGCAGACUUUUGAACUUACAAUAGACAAAGCAAUCGCAAAAGAAAAACCAAGAAAAAAUGACGUCUGCCAAAUUCCGUUGCUUACUGCUGUCGCAGGCAACAUGCUGCUGUCUUUGGACAGCAAGACUGUGAACUCUGCCAUGUCUCUCCCUCCUACCCCCUCUCUGAAAUUCCUCAUCUAGCAACAAGUCAAAGUGCUGCUGCAAUGUCUUACAGCCUACUGGGAACCUGGUACCAACCCCCCCCCCACCUGCUAAAUCCAUCUUGGUAUCUAAGUAUUGGUCACUAUUCAAAAUGGCAGCCACUCAUUUGUGAAUACUCAAAAUGAUAAAAAAGAUAACUUAAUUGUUGAAAUACAGAAGAGUCCUAUAAGGGGCGAGGAGAGGGGUGUCGUUUGGGGGGCUGAGCAUGCCCUAGAUGCUUAGGUUGGGUCCAUUGGAUCGGUUGUACCUCGUCUUCUAGAACGCAAUGGGGCUAACAAGAUGAACCCUGCUCAGUGAGGAUGUAUUGCAAAGUUUGUUUCCGCUCAAAUCAGGACUACUAUGCAGUCUCCUACACUGUCACAACCCUUUUAAUGACUUUUGAACUGUUCCAAUCCCCUCCGAAUGAUGUUUGGCGCUGUCAAGAAGGGCAGCCUGUAUGCAAAAAGGGGGGAUUGAUAUGCCAAUGCACCCUUUCUCAGUAACCAUCGUGUUCUACACACAAGUUGUAUUUUGCUAUUCCUAUGCCAAUAUCAAUUUGUCGGCCCCAGACUUGCUUUUGAUAUCACAGAUCUCAUGUUAAGCACCGUCCAUACUGCUGUCUGCCCUCCUCCCAGCCCCUGAUGCACACACAUGUGUUCACCUUCUCUGCACUCCAACGUUCUAACCAACACCAAAGAAUGGGUUGAGUUUGGUUGCCCAAGGUGGAGAAAAUCCAUGGAGCUUUUCAUUAACCGCUAAAGCCAACCGCAUGUUUAUCUGUUUGCUGUGCGUACGUAAGAGCGGUGCUCAGCAAACAAAUCCACUCUGUUGUACAGGGAACGCACUCGGACACUGUCUGAGUUCAGCGCCAUCGAAAGGAGAGCCCAUCGCAAAUUACUUAUGAUGUCAUCUAAAGACGUAAUUUAUUCAUUGUAAGAGAUUGUGAGCAAGUUCAUGCUGACAUUUGGCUUGUCAAUGUUUUCAUCGUUUUUUUUUAAAAGUUUGCAUAGACAA